UUGAGAAAAAACAAGAUGGCGACAGUCAAAAAGUCAAACUCUUUGCUUCAAAACAUCCACAAACCAACGAGUGACAUCACGACGACUACGCCCAUUUCUUAUACACAGACUUUGAUGCCGCUCCUGUCAGGUCCAGAAGAAUCUCUGGUCUCUGCAGUACUGUACAAAAACGGUUCUCUUGACGUUCCUAACGAUGGAUUUGACUUUCAGGACGGGGUGCGUUUCUUUGUGGUGGAUUGUCGGCCUGCAGAGCAGUACAACGCUGGUCACCUGUCCACGGCCUUCCACCUGGACUCUGACCUGAUGCUCCAGAACCCCUCUGAGUUCGCUCUCUCUGUGAAGUCCCUCCUGGAGGCUCAGAAGCAGUCGUUGGAGUCCGGCUCCGUCGCCAGCGGGGAGCACCUGUGCUUCAUGGGCAGUGGGAGGGAGGAGGAGGACAUGUACAUGAACAUGGUGCUGGCUCAUUUCCUCCAGAAAAACAAAGAAUAUGUCAGCAUCGCUAAAGGAGGAUUCAUGGCCCUUCAAAAGCAUCUGGUGGACAUGAACAUCGAGGGUCUGGACUCUUCGUACCUCCACUGGAUCGUCAGCACAUCUGGAUCUCACAGCAGCCUCAACUCCGCGGAUGGAGACUCACUGAGUAGUCCUGGAGACGGCAAAGGCGUCAAGUCUUUGGUCAACAAAAUGACGUUCGCUCUGAAGUCCAAGUCAGUGAACGUAAAGGAGAAGAUGAUCAGCUUCAUCGAGAAUACCGCCACCCCCGUAGACAGAAUGUCGUUCAAUCUGCCGUGGCCAGAGAAGGUGGUUCCAGAUCGACAUGUGAGCAGCAGCGACCGCGUCGGCAAACCGUACCGAGGAGUGAAGCCCGUUUUCAGUAUUGGUGAUGAGGAAGAGUACGAUACAGAUGAGAUCGACAGCUCCUCCAUGUCGGACGAUGACAGGAAGGAGAUUGUCAACAUCCAGACCUGGAUAAACAAACCAGAUGUAAAGCAUCACAUUCCAUGUAAUGAGGUGAAAGAAACCGGUCACAUGUUCCCCAGCCACCUGUUGAUCACAGCCACUCACAUGUACUGCCUGAGGGAGAUCGCCUCCAGGAAAGGCUUCACCUACAUCCAGUCCAGACAAGCGCUGAACUCCGUGGUGAAGAUCACGUCCAAAAAGAAGCACCCAGAACUGAUCACCUUCAAGUUCGGCACCAACAACUCGGCCGGAGUGGAGAUCUCGGCAGUUGAGAGAUAUUUGAUACCCAACGCUGGCGACGCCACCAAGGUGAUCAAGCAGCAGAUCAUGAAGGUCCUCGACGCUCUGGAGAGCUCGUAAAGGGAGACGACGGGGGGGCGUCGCCGUGACACAAACUGUGAGGAGAGUCUCUGUCCGCCGAGAAGGAAACCGUCUGUCCGGAUGUCCUCCCUGCUGGACAGAGCCCGUGCAGUGUUGACUGGGAAACCCCGUGUGUCAGGUGUUUCUUUGCACACGGUGGACACACACUGCCGGCUGCAGGACGAGGGACAGUGUGUGUGUGUGUGUGUGUGUGUGUGUGUGUGUGUGUGUGUUCAAAUACUUAGGUGCUCCUGCAGUCAUCCAACCAUUCUCUUACAUUAAGUUAAUAAUAAUAUCGGUUAUACUGUAUGUUUAUUCUUUAUCGUUGAUAAAAGAUGGGAGAUCUCAUUGCAGUGCAAUUCUACUAACUUCUCUCUGGCCUUAAGGUAGCGUACUGACUGACCUGUUCAAUCACUACAUGACUGAGCUUUUGUCUUAAAGGGACAGUCAGGGUUCUACUACAGUAGAUGAGUUGAUAGAACCA